AUGGCUACUGAAAAGCCCAAGAAGAGAAGCCCCAGAGCUUGGGACACUCUCAAUCCUCCUCUUUCGGAAUGGAUUCGAGAUGCUGUCGCAACCAUGGGCUUCGACCAGAUGACGCCCGUCCAAGCUGCAACACUGCCGCAUUUCAUGGGAAACAAAGAUGUUGUAGUCGAGGCUGUCACUGGUAGUGGAAAAACCCUUGCCUUCCUCAUUCCUCUUGUUCAAAAACUUCUCCGACUUAGCGAACCUACGAAAAAGCAUCAUGUCGCCGCCAUAAUUGUGUCCCCUACACGAGAAUUGGCAGCUCAGAUCCAUACUGUUCUUAUGAAACUUUUGCAAUUCCACGAGGUCUCUGCCGAAAUCCUCCCGCAUCUCAAAGACGACGACGAAAAGCGACCUUCUACUACUGUACCUGCGAUUGUACCCCAAUUGCUGGUUGGAGGUACAACGACCACCGCACAAGACCUCAGGUUCUUCCUUCGACACAGCCCCAAUGUUCUAAUUUCCUCCCCUGGUCGACUCGUCGAGCUCAUGUCCUCGCCUCACGUCCAUUGUCCCCAAUCCUCUUUUGAGGUUCUAGUUCUCGAUGAAGCCGACCGUCUCCUUGAUCUUGGCUUCAAGCCUGAUCUGCAAAAGAUCCUGUCGCACUUGCCGAAACAGCGAAGAACUGGUCUUUUCAGCGCCAGUGUAAGCGAAGCUGUUGGAGAGAUCAUUCGGGUUGGUCUGCGAAACCCUGUCAAGAUCGAGGUCAAGGUUAAGAUAAAGGGUGGUGGUAUUCUCGAAGACAGAAAGACGCCAGCUAGUCUUCAGAUGACAUAUAUGGUCAAGCCCGCCAGCCAGAAACUUCCUGCUCUUGCCGAGCUUUUGCGACAACUACCUGUACGCCCCCAACGGAGCAUCGUGUUCCUGUCCACUUGCGCUGCCGUCGACUACUUUCAGCAUAUUCUACCUCUGAUACUACCUGAAGGUUUUGCUCUGGUGCCUUUGCACGGAAAACAUGCGGCUAAAGUACGAGAGAAAAACUUCAACAAGUUCCUCAGCUCUGUUUCUCCUACGAUAUUACUUACUACCGAUCUGGCUGCUCGUGGAUUGGAUAUUCCUCAGGUUGACUUGGUCGUUCAAAUCGAUGCUCCUUCAGACCCCAAGGUCUUUAUUCAUCGCAGCGGACGAGCUGGUCGUGCGGGCCGAAAAGGAUUGGCGGUGGUGAUGUUGCACCCUGGAAGAGAAGAAGACUAUGUUCAGUUUUUGGAGAUCCGCAAAACACCAAUCGCACCGUUGGAAAAGCCUACCAUCACCACAUCAGAGGAUGAUGCCGCCGACUUUGCGAAGAAGACGAGAGACCUCGUGUUAUCCGACAGGGGGCUGUUCGACAAGGCUCAAAAGGCAUUCGUGAGCUGGGCUCGAAGUUAUGGCGCUCACCAGGCUACAUCCAUCUUCCGCGCGGCUGAUCUCGAUUGGGCCGAUCUCGGCAAUGCAUGGGGACUGCUACGUAUGCCUCGUAUGCCUGAACUCAAGGGCUGGACAGGCGACAAGAUGUGCGGUCUUGAGAUCGACUGGGAUAACUACGCUUACAAAGAGAAGACUCGCGAACAACAGCGAAAGGUCACUCUUGAGGAAGAGAAGUCGGGUGUAAAGAAGCAAGAUAAGAGCGAGGAGUUCAAGCGCAAGCGCAAAAACAACGAGGCUUGGAGCGCUAAGCAUGAGAAGGAGGACGAUCGAGUGGAGCGAAGGGAGAAGCGACGCAAGCGCCGUGACGCAGAAGCAACAUCCAAGAUGACGGAUGACGAAAAGGUCAAGCAGAUGGAGCUGAACGAUCUUAUCGCUGAGGUCCGGAGACAAAAUCGCGAAAAGGCUGCUGCCGAGGCUGCAGCAGCCAAGCAAGAAAAGGACGGCGAGUUUAAAGGGUUCGACGAUUAG